AUGGCCGAUUUCCUGCUGAGACCGAUCAAGCAACGCCACAGCAGUGACGGCAAAUACGUGACGGUAGAUGCUGGCGGCGGAUCAGUGUCCAAGAUCGAGCCCAUCGCGGAUUUCGUCAUAAAGACCAAACUGGUAUCCAGCAAUGGCCCAGAGGAGUUGCAGAACGCCAAGAAGGUGUUCAUCAACGUGUGCCAUUCCGGGCUCGUGCCCAAACCCGAGACGGAGUUCGAUGCGAGGAUAGUGUUCCCGCUUAUUAUCCAGAACGAGUGGGAGAUCCCGAUCAUCACGUCGUGCCACCGGACGGACCGUGACAAGAAGGGACAAGAGUGCUAUGUGUGGGACUGCUGCAUAAACAGCGAUUGCUCGCGCUGGAUACGUGAGGACGUCCAGCUGCGGGAGAUCCUGGUGGAGUGGUGUCUGGAGUCGUGCGAGAUCCGUGACUCCGUCGUGCUUUGCAGGGACCACAUAGCGUUCCCCAAGAUGAGGCAGAAGGGCGCGGAGAUCCCUGCGCUGGAGAUACUGAACGACGAGCUGCAGAACGAUUACAAGACGGAGAUGCACAGGAUCAUCGAGGAAGAGGCCAGCAACCCGAUGAGCGUUCUGCGCGGCCACGCUAAGGACGACGACGGUGGCGACGAUGGCGACGACGGGACGCUACCGCCGCUGUUCCCAGUGGCGAGGGCACCGGUAGGCCGCAUAGAGGAGAUCGACGAGACCGUUAUCGCCCAGCGGAGGAACAAGAAGGCUGCGGCAGUGCAGCAGCAGCCUGACAAGCCCGAGUACGAGGUGAAGAUGAAGAGGUACGACAGUGGGGAGUACAAGCUGCGGAUUCUCGUCGAGAACAAAGCGGGAAACUCGCUGCCGGGGCAGUUUGCUCCGCUGUACAAGCCGGCGGAGAACGAGCUGUAUAUCAACGACGAGUUGAGCAUACCGUUGCCGCACGGCGUGGUCCGGAACGCGGCAGACAUCAAGAUCUUCCACGUUUCCAAAGAACGCAGACUGUACGUAUACGUUUGA